AAGGUCGCUGUCUAAAGUUCAGAAGUCACCAUAACAACAGGACAUGAGCCUGACAUUCAACAGUCAGAUAUGAUUAAAAUUAUGAUUCUACACGAUCAAAACACAAGAUCGUAGCAGAGAAAACAUGGGUAGUACCAUGGUGGCCGUGGGUCUUACCCUGGCAGCAGCAGGAUUUGUUGGUCGCUAUGCAGUGCAAGCCAUGAAGCAUAUGGAGCCGCAAGUGAAACAAGCUCUGCAAGCUUCCAAAUCGGCCUUUGGAAGCGGAUACUACAGAGGUGGUUUUGAGCCAAAGAUGACCAGAAGAGAAGCCUCCCUUAUUCUUGGAGUCAGUCCAACCGCUAACAAAAACAAGAUCAGGGAGGCACACAGAAAACUGAUGAUUUUAAACCACCCUGAUCGAGGUGGAUCACCAUAUCUGGCAGCAAAAAUAAACGAGGCUAAAGAUUUACUUGAUGCACAAAUGAAGAAAUAGAUAAUCUCUUCAUGAAAUGUUUGAACGAACUAUGUCUGAUGAACUUGAAUUCUUGCGUGAUCAUUAAAAAGCAUGUUUUCGCGGGCCUGGGUAACCAUACCUGGAGUCACGAGUCUGAAUACAGGGUGUGCUGAGUGACUCCAGCCAGGUCUCCCAAGUAACCAAAUUGGCCCGGUUGCUAGGGAGGGUAGAGUCACAUGGGGUAACCUCCUCGUGGUCGCUAUAAUGUGGUUCUCGCUCUCGGUGGGGCGCGUGGCGAGUUGUGCGUGGAUGCCGCGGAGAAUAGCGUUAAGCCUCCACACGCGCUAUGUCUCUGCGGUAACACUCAACAAGCCACGUGAUAAGAUGCACGGAUUGAGGUCUCGGAAGCAGAGGCAACUGAGAUUCGUCCUCUGCCACCCGGAUUGAGGCGAGUCACUACGCAACCACGAGGAUGACUUAGAGCGCAUUGGGAAUUGGGCAUUCCAAAUUGGGGAGGAAAAAAACAAAAAGCAUGUUUUCAUCUAGUUCUGAUCUUUUUGUAUGAUAAAGUCUGCAUUCAAAGUGUGAACGCAAAAAUCACAUUAAAUCUGAAUCCGAUCUGAAUUGGUAAAACCUGA